CCUGGAAGUAAAGUGCAAAUUGCAAUGCAAUAUAUUUAAUGGUCUACUCUAGAUUGCUACAACUGAUUUUAAGGCUAUCUGAUUCUGCAGCGAGUACACUGGUACUUAAUGCAAUAGAUAACCAUUUAAAGAUAUACCAUUCUGUCAAAAAUGCUAAUUAAUUUGACAUUGCACAUUCGUACUUUGUGUGCAUCACAAUAGCAUAGUCAUAUAAUAGAUUCAAAGUUCACAUACUUAUCUUUGGGCUGUUUUACAAGAGUAACCUGUGCUCUUUGAUGUUACAGUUAUUUAUAUUCUAAUGUUAUAAAAUUGUAUUUUCACAGUUACCUUCUUGAAAAUGCGAAGGGUCACCUGCAACAAAUCUAACAUCAUUUACACCUUACAAUUUGUAUAUUUUACCUGUAUGUCUGAUUGUUUGUACAAGGCACAUUAUUUUAUUCAUACUUUAUCAUCUGUUGCCCCAGUGAUUUUUUCAAACUUGUUGAUAAUCCUUCCUUAUAAAAUGUUGCUUCAUAUGACCCAUUGAAUUAUUUUGGUUGCACUAUCGCACUUUUUACUAUGUCCUGUACUUCCUCAGAACGAUCAGAGCUCCACGCAACCUGUCUGUUAAUUAAUGAUUUGAGUCAUUUCACGUUUCAUGUGCAGACUCUUUUCCUGCAGUGUGUUUCACGGGACACAGUUGACAGCCGGGUUUCAGAGGACACAAUGAUGGAAGCCGACGGAGUCAAACUUGAAAAUGUAACCCAUUAUCCCGGAAAUGGCUUGGACAACCAGGCUUUUGAAAGAGAGGAGGACAUCAUUACUGAGACUAACAACAUCCAAAGGGAGACUAAAAAGGGAUUAAGCUCAUGCUUAAGCCUUUUUUCCAAGCCAAUUAACGCCGCAGAGGAUUACUUCAAGGCUCACUCCCAAACCUUCAAAGUCAUUGUUCUGGGCAUCCUUGGAGCAGGUUAUGUGGCAUACUUUAUUGCAGCCUGUGUUUUGGAUUUCCAGAGGGCCAUUGCUCUUGUAGUCCUUACCAGUUUGGCCAUUGUUGCUAAAUCAUAUGAACUUCUGAAGGAAUACAAAGGAGAGAGCAUCAGUCAGUGUUUCAGACCUGCAGCUAGAUGCUUUAAAUCUAACUUUAAAUGGUUAAAAUGGGUUUUAAUUUUAGCAGCUGUGGUCCUGCUUGUUCUGUGGCUCGUGUUAGACACAAGCCAGCGUCCUGAGCAGUUGAUCUCGUUUGGAGGUGUGUGCAUGUUUGUCAUGCUUGUGUUCCUCUUGUCAGCACACAGGAAAGCGGUGUCAUGGAGGCCUGUGUUUUGGGGUCUCGGAAUGCAGUUCUGUAUCGGCCUCUUUGUCAUACGGACACAGCUUGGACUCAUUUCGUUCAAAUGGCUUGGAAAGCAAGUGGAGAUAUUCCUUGCCUAUACCAAAGAAGGCUCAAGUUUUGUUUUUGGUGACCUGAUCGGCAACAUUUUUGCCUUUCAAAUAUUUCUCCUUCAGGUUUUGCCCAUUGUUGUGUUCUUCAGCAGCGUGAUGUCAAUCCUUUACUUUUUGGGGAUAAUGCAGUGGCUCAUUCUGAAGAUUGCAUGGUGCAUGCAGAUAACGAUGGGAACCUCUCCCACAGAGACCUUGAGUGUGGCAGGCAAUAUAUUUGUUGGGCAGACAGAAGCUCCGCUGCUGAUCCGCCCUUAUUUGAAAGACAUGACCAAAUCUGAGAUCCAUGCUGUUAUGACUGGCGGAUUUGCCACAAUUGCAGGCAGUGUCUUGGGAGCAUUCAUCUCAUUUGGGAUUGAUUCAUCUUCUUUGAUAUCAGCUUCUGUAAUGGCUGCUCCUUGUGCCUUGGCCAUAUCCAAACUGUCUUACCCAGAGACAGAGGAGAGUCCCUUCAAGGAUAAGAAGAAUAUUAAAGUGUCUUCUGGAGAUGAAAAGAACAUCUUGGAGGCUGCUAGCAGUGGAGCGUCUGCUUCAAUAGGUCUUGUUGCUAACAUUGCAGCCAAUUUGAUAGCCUUUCUUGCCAUCCUCGGGUUCAUAAAUGCAACUUUGAAGUGGCUUGGCGGUAUGGUGGGAUAUCCUUCAAUUUCGUUUCAGAUAAUUUGCUCUUACAUAUUCAUGCCCGUGGCCUUUAUGAUAGGAAUACCUUAUGAGGAGACUUUCCUUGUUGCUGAACUAAUCGGCACAAAACUCUUCCUCAACGAGUUUGUGGCUUAUGAGAAACUAUCUGAACUGAAGGACAAGAGACUCAACGGACUUGAUGAAAUUAUUGGAAAUGAAAGGCAAUGGAUAUCAGUCCGAUCAGAAAUAAUUACCACUUAUGCGCUUUGUGGGUUUGCCAACUUAAGCUCACUGGGUAUCAUGAUUGGAGGCUUAACCUCUAUAUGCCCAUCAAGAAGAAGUGAUGUCUCUGCUCUGGUGAUGAGAUCUAUGCUCACUGCAACUUGUGUUUCUCUCAUCAAUGCCUGCAUUGCAGGGAUCCUCUUCGUUCCUCCACUCGACUGUGUGGAGCUGUUCAAUACAACUGCUUUCAAUAACACAAAUGUAAAUAUGCAAACUUGCUGUACAGACCUCUUUCAAAGCACUGUAAACAAUGGAACCAUCUCAUUUGAAGGGUGGUGGAGCUCAGUUGCAAACGUCACUUUGUAUUUCUCCAAAUGUUGUCAGUGCUGUGGUCUUUCUGAUGUGGCAGUUUGUAAUUAGAGGAGAAAAUCCCAUAUUAGUGUGUCUCCAUGUUUGUAUGUUUGUGCAACAGUUGAUGUAAAAAUGUAAAGUCUUCAUGCAUAUCUUUUAAAGAUCUCUGUAUCUUUCGUGUAUUAUAUUGUAGAUUAAUUCAGAUAUUGGCUUCUAUUUAAAGCGAUGACAUAGAGGGAACAGUAUGAUGGAUUUAAAUAUUUGACAAUUAUACAUGCAAUUAUAUGUACAGUGAAAAUGUGAUCUAUGGUUGGAAACAAAUGUUUUACAUAUUUAUUUAAAAAAAACAUUUGCUGACAUGAUGUGAAAUAACAAUAGGCAGCACACACAUUAAUCCUCUCUCUUGAUCAUUCAUUUUCUCACGCACACGUUUUUUCUUCACGCUACAUCUGAUAUUCAUCCUUUGACUUUAUGUACACCUGAACACAACACCGUUUGUCUGCAUGACACCACACCUUAACAUCGUGGUACUUUCACUAUCAUGAGCUCGUCAAUAUUUCAAGCUCUUUUAGAAUUCUUCCAUCAUAAACAGUCAUGCAAUUUUCAGUGAUGUAAAUAUAAGUUCGGACAAAUUUUAAGAGCGCAAGACCUUAAAGACUCUCAUUGAUCAUUAACUAAUAACCCAUAAAAGGAAUUUGUAAAGAUUU